AUGGCCUCACCAGCACCUACGCGUCGCGUACUAGGCGACCUGAGCCUCAACACGCCUAUGAAAGCUAGGGCCGACCCGCGAAGCAACACCGAUAAUCUCGUGAAGCCGCAUAAGAUGGGAGAUAGAGUUUCUCCAUUUAGAGCCUUGUCUGAGGAACAUGCGGCCAAGAAGGUUACGGAGAUUGGUGGGGAAAAGAGACCGCUGGAUAAAGCUGCCCGGGAAGCCCAUGAAUCGCCAAAGAGGGCCAGACGAGAGGCUGGUGAUGGAUAUUGGGUUCGAGUGGAAGAGGGGGAAUCUGUAUUGGAACGAAGCAAAGUAGUGCGGAAGCGAUAUGCCCAGUGUGAUGGAGCUGAUGAUCACUCGCCUUCGUCCCGCCAAACGUCGCCAGGGUCUUCCUCCAACUCCAGUCAAGCAGCAUUAGAUGAUUCUCAGCAUACCAUCCUUACUGAACCGGAUGAUGUGGUUCCCGCUGCAGCCAUAAAUCUCAACCCCACAUCAAAUACAGUCACGUCAAAUAACUCCCAAUCAUUAACAAGAGACCAAAUUCGACAAAAAGCAAAAGCAGGAAUGCUUCGUCUCCGACUUGCCGGCUACAAAGUCCGCACAAACCAGAUUCAUGUGCCCAUGGCUCAACUUCAAAUCCACUCCUCUUCACACCCAGCCUUCGCAUCCUUUGCAUCCUCCUAUGCUGCCCCCUCCAACCGGCAUCAUCUACAAAUUGUCUCAACGCCCCCAAGAGGCCCAAUAAUCCAUCUCCGAGAACCCUCGUCGCCUAAGAUUGAGGAACAAACAACCCGAAUCCCUUCAUCACCACCGAAUGCAUACAACAACUUCCCAGAAGAUAGCGUUAAACGCGCCCCAACUCCUCCACAAGAAGAGCAGGGGGUUAAUAAUACGCUAGAUCAUGGCCUCGCCACCCCUCUCCUACCUCGUCAGAGUGAAGGUCUUUUAAGUCUCCCCGGGCUGGGGAGCCAGACUCUGGACACCCAUGGGAAUGAAUUGAUGAGUAGUGUAGUUAAGGGCCGCGCCGCUGAUGGGUUACUGAGUUUGAUGGGUCGGAAAGAAUAA